AUGUUAUCAAAAUCAAUUAUUUCUUUCUCAUUAAAAAUUUCAAAUGAUAAUAAUCCAAUAUCAAAUACUAUAACUCAAAAUGUAUCAUUUGAUAAAAAUACAAUUUCAAUGAGAAGUAAAUCAGCUUUCUAUACAAGACCAAAUUUUAUAAAUUAUUAA